AUGAGCGGGUCGAACCCGAAGACAGUGGCCGCGGGGCCGGCGGCCGGGCCCGGGGCGCUGGUGGCCGGCAAGGAGGACAAGAAAAAGGCGGGCGCCGGCGUCCUGAACCGACUUAAGGCGCGGCGGCAGGCGCCCCAUCACGCAGCCGACGACGGCGGCGGGGCAGCGGUCACCGAGCAGGAGCUGCUGGCGCUGGACACCAUCCGACCCGAGCACGUCCUGCGCCUCAGCCGGGUCACCGAGAAUUACCUGUGCAAACCUGAAGACAACAUCUACAGUAUUGACUUCACCCGCUUCAAAAUUCGCGAUCUGGAGACGGGAACAGUGCUUUUUGAGAUCGCCAAACCCUGUGUGUCAGACCCAGAGGAGGAGGAGGAGGAGGAAGAGGCUGGAGAUGUGGAUAUAAGUGCCGGACGCUUUGUGCGCUAUCAGUUCACGCCAGCAUUUCUCCGUCUCCGGACAGUUGGGGCCACGGUGGAGUUCACCGUGGGAGACAGACCUGUGUCAAACUUCCGGAUGAUCGAACGGCACUACUUUCGGGAGCGCUUGCUGAAGAACUUUGACUUUGAUUUCGGGUUCUGCAUUCCCAGCAGCAGGAACACAUGUGAACAUAUCUAUGAGUUCCCCCAGCUUUCUGAGGAUGUCAUUCGGCUGAUGAUUGAACAUCCUUAUGAAACCCGCUCUGACAGCUUCUACUUUGUUGACAACAAGCUGAUAAUGCACAACAAGGCCGAUUAUGCCUAUAAUGGAGGCCAGUAA